AUGUUCGGAAGCACCAACACGGGCACUACUUACUGGAGCGGCUCCACACAGCCGAACACCAACCUGCCGGGCGCCUUCAACGCUCUGGGCGCCAAUGCGCAGAGCAACCCGCAGAUGGGCUCUACCUUCACCGGCUUCGGUAGCACUACUAACACCGGCAGCACGGGUUUCAUGGGACAGAGCACGACGCCCAGCUUUGGAAUAUCGCAAAACACUUCACUGUUCGGACAGCCUGCACAGCAACCGACCACCACGGGUUUUGGAACCAUGGGUACUACCGGGGGUCUGUUCGACCAAAACAAGCAGGGGUUCAUGGGCAACUCUGGCGGCUUAUUUGGGCAACCCCCCCAAACUGGUAGUCUUUUCGGGUCCGGGUUGAAUACCACCACCAGCUCCACUUUCGGAAGCACCAUGAACACUGGCACGUCGCUCUUCGGGAACAAUACGACAACUGGAGGGUUGUGGUCUGGCUCUACGAGUUCGACAUUCGGGUCGCAAAUUCAGGGCACUGAGGUGGCAACCCUGAAGCACUUCGAUGGCGCCAGCAUCACGCAUAUCGCCUACGACAAACCGGACACAUGCCAAGAAGAGUACAGAUGGGAGUACUACAAGAAGGUUAACCCGCAGUUCGGCCUGCCUAUAGCGCAGCAGGGGGCCACCUCCACGGGUGGGUUGUUCGGCAGCACUCAGCCUACUACUACCCCCACUGGCGGGUUAUUCGGUUCAACGCAACCGCCCACCACGGGCAGUCUUUUCGGCAACACUCAGCCUACAACUACCACUGGAGGAUUGUUCGGUUCAACUCAACCGUCGACCACCAGUACCGGCGGUUUGUUUGGGAGCACGCAACCCACGACAUCCGGCGGGCUAUUCGGGUCAACCACCACGCCUACCACCGGUGGUGGACUCUUCGGCAGCACACAGCCAACGACCACAACAACUGGCGGUUUGUUUGGCAACACGCAGCCCACAACAACUACGGGAGGACUUUUUGGUAGCACUCAACCGACGACCACCACAGGAGGGUUAUUCGGCUCAACGCAACCGUCAACCACCGGGACAGGUGGCCUUUUCGGCAAUACGCAACCCACCACUGGCUUGUUCGGAAGUACGCAACCAACUACGGGAGGCACCACUGGCUUAUUAGGAAGCACGCAGCCGUCAACCUCCACCAGUUCGCCGUGGGCAAAUCGAACCACUCACGGCAGCACAGGUCUGUUCGGUAACACGACACCUGCUCCAACUACCACCACGUCGACUGGGCUGUUCGGUAACACCACCGGCACGUCUACUUCUACCGGCCUGUUUGGAUCGUCCACCACCUCUGCAUUCGGAGGGGCCAACAAGGGCCUCUUCGGAAAUACCACAACCCCGACUACAACCGGAACCACGGGCACGGGGCUGUUCGGUUCCACCAAUGUAUUCGCCCCUUCUGCAACGCAAUCAACAGGUACAACUGGCACAACAGGCCUUUUCGGGUCAACCACCACUCCUACCACCGGUGGCAGCCUCUUCGGCAACACACAGCCCACGACCACCACCAGUGUACCCAACGUCUUCGCCAGCUCCACCACCACGACAAACACCAUGCCGGCGCCCUCCACCACCAUAUUCGGAGCCACCCCAACGACCGGCACAACCGGGCUCUUCGGGUCAACCACCAACCAAACAGGUAACACCGCACCGCUCUUCACGUUUGGGUCGGCUGGAUCGCAGCCCUUCGGGUCAACCACGGCUGCACAGCAGAUGCAACCGAGUGACACCAUGAGGCUGGGGUCAAUAAACUUCAAAUGGGGCGUGAACACUCCCUCGCCCGGGCUGAGAAGCUUCUGGACCAACGAAGCCGACCUGCCGCCGGAGGCGAAGGAGUACCUCGCCAAGCUGGCAAACACCACGAACAAUGCGGCGCAGGGAUCUAAUGCCGCCGGGGGGCGAAAUCAGUCCAAUUCGAAUCCAGAUGCGCAAUCGUCGACAGCCAUACCCGACCUGGACGAUUCCUACGACCGCUUCGGCCUGCGCCAGGUGCUGAAGGACCUCGGCGUGCAGAUCCCGCGUUACAGCGUGCACCAGGAUGAAGAGGACGAAAUUAUAAAAUACCAGCGCACCGCACUGGAAACGCGAAGAAUGUCGCAGAUGUCUGGGGAGGAGAGGGCGGAGAGUGACAUGUCCAGGACGUUCAUCAAGGCGUCCAAGGUGCAACUAGCAAGCAAGUUGCCGUCUAAGAACGGCUCCCAAGAAGGCGGCGGCGAAAUUUUCCUGUCACUCCACAACGGUGGCACCAAGGCGCUGGACGCGUUGCGCUACCAGGCGCGGGGUGGCCAUCUCCGUAAGCUGCCGAUACCGGUCGUUGAGAACAGGGAUGAGCUCCCGUACCUGCCAAGCAAUCGCUCUUCUGUGGUAUUCGACAAGUCGAGCAAUGCCACCAGCAACCGUGGAGACGUGCUGACGCUCACCGACAGCGACCAGAGCUACAACGAGCGACCCCACCGGACCCUGGACGACGUGUACAAGAUCCGGUCCGACACAAGGGGCAGCGAGAGCAACCCCAGCGAAGACUCUGCCAGGGCGGACGACGCCAGCAGCCUGACUGGAACCGCGCCGAAGGAGCCGGCGGAUGCCUGCCCAAUAUUCAAGCUGGCGGACAACGCACCCGGGCACCCGCCCAUCCUCACCAAGGAAGGAUACACUACCAGACCCACAAUGUCGUCGCUGAGACAGAUGUCCGACAAGCAGCUCGCUAACGUCAUGGACUUCCAAGUCAUCAGGGAGGGGUUCGGCGACAUCCUCUGGCCCGGGUACACCGACGUCCGUCAGCUGAACCUCGACAACAUCGUGGACAUCGCACAUCGCAAGGUGACUAUGUACGGUAACACGUCCCGUGUCCACCCCGUGGGAGAAGGGCUGAACAAGAGCGCCAUCGUCACCCUACAGAACUGCGCGCCGCGCGACUACACGGAAGGCGCCUCCAUCACCAGCACCGUCGAGCAGCUGGAGAAGCUCAAGGACCACACCGCCUCGCUGGGCUGCAAGUUCAUCUCGGCAAACUUCAAGACCGGCCAGUGGGUGUACGAGGCCCCGUACUUCGUGAAGAACACCAACGGGGACGCCUCCGAGCACAAGGGCAUCACCUUCACCAGCUAA